UGGUCAGCCUGGAGAACAGAAGGUUCCAGGGAGCCUUUGGUGCCUCUUCCAGUACUUAAAAGGGGCUUAGAAAAAGGCUGGAGGGGUACUUUGGACAAGAGCGUGUAGUGAUAGGACACAAGAAAAAUGGCUUAAACUGAAGGUGGGUAGAUUUAGAUUAGGUGUUUAGGAGGGAAUUUCUGGCUGUGGGUGUGGGCAGGCCCUGGCACAGAGCAGCUGUGGCUGCCCCUGGAUCCCUGGCAGUGCCCAAGGCCAGGCUGGACAGGCCUCAGGCCCUGGAGCACCCUGGAAUAGUGGAAGGUGUCCCUGCCCACGGCAGGGCUGGCACUGGGUGGUCAUAAAGUCCCUUCUACCCAGGGCAUUCCACGUCUCUAUGACUCUGUGCUGCCCCUCCCUGCCAUGCCAGCCCUCAGAACCAGCCCCUCUGUGACAGCGGCCCUGGCCCGGGCACUGUGAGCACCACGAAGGCUGUGGGUGCUGUGGCAGUGGCCACACCGGAGGUGACAGCUCUGCGCUGGCUCUGCCACCUGCGCUGGCACCAAUGGCUUUGCUGGGGCUGCUCGUGCUGCUGGCCCUGGCCGGGCCCGUGGGGGGCACCUGGGACACCUGCAGAAGAACCUGCAGGCUCCGGCCCAUGGCCUCUGACCACAGUUCCAUGACUUCUGCUGCUGGCACGUCCCAUGAGGGUGACACAAGUGUCCCCUCUGGGGCCUGGCCCAGCAUCGUCAGCAUCCAGGCCACCUGGGAGAAUGGCACGUGGCACAUGUGCACGGGUGUCCUCCUCAGCUCCCAGUGGGUGCUCACGGUCGCACACUGCUUUGCCAGGGCCGGGGGCAUCUCCACGUGGGACGUGGUGAUCGGGGCCACAGAUCUGACUCAGCCGGGCCCUGGGGCUAUGGUGAGACACAUCCAGAGGCUCCUGGUGCACCAGCACUACGUGGUUGCCACGGCCAGGAACGACAUUGCCCUGGUGGAGCUGGACCAGCCCGUGGAGUGCAGCGACUACAUCCAGCUGGCCUGUGUGCCCGACCCCUCACUCAGGGUCUCGGAGCUGAAAUCCUGCUACAUCGCUGGCUGGAACUUUGCCAGAGCUCAGGGAACAGGCAUGGUGCUGCAGGAGGCCAAGGUUCACCUCAUGGACACCGAGCUCUGCAACAGCAGCCGGUGGUACGCGGGGGCCAUCCACCCCCGCAACCUGUGUGCUGGGUACCCACAGGGCGGCAUCGACACCUGCCAGGGGGACAGCGGGGGUCCCCUCAUCUGCAAGGACAAUGUAGCUGACUACUACUGGCUGGUGGGAUUGAACAGCUGGGGAAGAGGCUGUGACAGAGCCAGGCACCCCGGGAUCUACACCUCCACUCAGCACUUCUACAACUGGAUCCUGCUCCAGACGGGCCUGAGCCCUGCAGAAAGAGCUGGUCCAGCACCGGGGCCACCUGUCACCUCGGCCCCCGAGAAGGAGCCUGAGGAACCAGAGGAACCAGAGGAAGAGAUCAACUUGACCCCUGAGUACAACAAGAAACCAGCAGUGACAUCCUCGGGCACGUCACUGCCCAUGGCAUUCCCACACCAGAUCCUGGUGCAAUUCUGGAAUCUGGUGCAGGAGUUCCUGCAGUUUUAGAAGGACAAAAAGCCUGAGCAGCAGCAGGAUGAGCAGGAUCCAGGGCUACAGUGGAUCACGGCAGCUCCAAGGCAGCCUUGGGGCCAGAGACUUCUCUGUCCUGCCCACGCUGCUGCACUGCAGCCACAGCGAUGCUGACGUGACUGAGGUGUUGAAGUAAAGUUUCUGUGUUCGCCAUUA